UUGUGUGGAUAAGAGCACUCAAGUUUUAUUGUUUUUUGUUCUCCAUAAUAAACUGAAAUUGUGCGCGCAACCGUUAUGAAUUGUGAAUUAAGUUUAAAAGAGAAACUAAACAUUUUGAGAAUAUGGUUUCGUGAAAAUUCCAAACUACCUGAAGAGAUUGAUACCACAUAUUUAAAACGCUUUCUUAAAUGUAUGAAAGGUGAUGUAGAAAAAACCAAAAAGCUAAUAGAACACAAUUACUAUCUGAGAAGCAAAAGUCCAGCCAUAUUCUUUGACCGGGAUCCAAAUGAGGAAGUAACUAAAAAAUCAUAUUUUGCAGUAGAAAUGGUUCCUUUGCCGGGACUAACGCCGGAAAAGUACAAAGUCUUAUGUUUUCGCCUUGUCAACAAAAAUCCUCGAACGCAAAACAGCAUAGAGGAGUCCAAAUCAUUCUUUAUGAUGACCGAUGUUCGUUUUACCUACAAUGAUCUUCAGGAAAACUUUGAUGAGUUAGGAAACAAAGACCACGAUGAUAAGAGUGACAAACAUGACAUUGAAAAUGAAGAACAAGAAGAAGAGGACGAUUUAUCAUCACUGGCUAAUGGGGAAAUACACAUAGUCGAUAUAGCCAAUUACACAUUAAGACAUCUGGCCUCAAUGUCGCUAAUGGUAAUGCGAACCUAUAUGAAUUACCUGCAAGAAGCGUAUCCGGUGAGACUGAAGGCAAUGCACAUCAUCAAUUGUCCAACACAUUUAAAUCAUAUGGUGGCCAUAACAAAACCUUUCAUUAGAGAGGAGGUGUUUAAUAUGAUACAUUUCCAUAUUCAGGGCUUUGAAACCCUCUACGAACAUGUUCCUCGCAAUAUGCUGCCCAUGGAUUAUGGUGGCAAAGCCAAGAGUUUGGCUGACAUCACCACUCAAUGGUGGGAAAUUGUCAAAAAGAAUAGAGCUUAUAUCAUGAACCCUAAGUUUUGGAACGUUCAUAAAACUGAAGAAGUUCGCAGUCGUUGGUCAUGGUGGUGAUGAUUACUUGGAGUAUUUUAUUGUUAAUAUUUAGUUGUUGUGCUUUUGUGUGAUUUGUGAUUGAUCUCUGCGAACUAAAGUAUUGAAAGUAAUCUAUCACAAUGUUUGAAUUUGUACUUUUACUCGUUGUGCCAUGUGAUAAAAUAAACGUCUAACCACUGGCCCAGCCAUGUAGAGGA